CUCGCUCUGCAACUCGAGCUAUCUCGGGAGGUUCCACUAACUAUUGAGCUCACCCCACCUUUGGAAGAAUGGGACGCCAUCAAGUUGGAACUUGCCGACCAUUAUCCUAGAAUAGACACUAUUUCAUUUCGUACGAAACAAGGAAUGGAUUCCAGAUACCAUACUCAAAAACAAGCGGACGAGUUUCGAGAAUUCUUGAACAACAUCGGGCCUCUUCCUAACUUGCGAUGCCUAGGAAUCCUUGGGGGCUCUGGAAGAGGGAUAUUCAAUAUCAAAGAGAUUCUAAAUCGCUUUCCGUCUUUAAUAGAGAUGCCAGAAGUCCCACUCACUGCCGAUGACCUUCAAUUAGCCAAAGAUAGGUUAAAUAUCCGUACGUUGACUACGUACGAGAACCCAAAUUCAAUCCUACCUAUGGUACAAACGAUUGUUAACCUCAAGGAGGUUGAUUUCCUCAGUACAUCUGGGUGGCCUCUCCCGGAUAUCGCCGAACAAGAGAAAUUCCCAGCGGAGUUAUCUAAUUUGACUAGCUCGCUUGGUUGGACUACGCUUGCAUAUCGAAGAUAUGAAGAAGCUAUAUUAACCUCUUUUUGGCCAAGUCUCUCGUCUCUCGUCUCACUGCACAUGUCAAUAUACAUCAAGGGCGUUUACGACCUGGCCAACACCGUGCAUCAUCUCCAUAAUCUACAAGAAAUUCGACUACAACUUCAAAUCUACUCCACUGAUCGCCUUUUAUCCAUGGAUCAUGCUUCUCCCAAUUUUAGUGUACGUUCGUUGGGUUUUAUGGUUUACAGAAAAUCACGUCGCGAGGUACAGCAGACUAAUGACGAAGUAAACGAUAACAUAUUCAACCAUAUGAAUAAUAUACUACUCUCAUUGCUCCAGGUGAUGCCAAAACUCAACAAUCUCGAUCUCUAUAUUGACAAUAUAUUCGGACAAACUCCCCUUCCUUCCAUUUCAUUCGACCGAAGUUUUGGAGGAAAAUUUAAUGGAGAGAAGUUAGACUUGUAUUUCUACGGAGGCAAACUGAUCCCACACGAGUCCUCGAUCCCGUCGUCGGUGCAUGAUCUGGUUUUAGUCCUCCACAGCGAUAACUCAUUCGACUCCUUUUCUUCAAAGUUCAUUAAGCAUCUUUAUGUUUCUUCGUACACCUAUUUCCCAGAGGUUCGGACUAGCGAUAGAUCGAACAUCCUUGACCUUGAGCUUUGGCCAUCCCUCGAGACUCUUCGUAUCUCUACUGGUGGAAUUCGAUGGAGUAGCUUCUCUUUG